AUGUCCUCCAACGAUACCCCCUCCCACCCAACAACCCAACAGCACCCACGCGAACCCAGAACAGGCACCAUAUCAACCACCCAAACAAUCACCACAACCUCAACCUCCCCCCCACAAGCCAUCCUCCGCCUCCGUGGUGCCCACGCCCCCAGUUCACGAACGGUGCAAUGGUCAGAAGAUGUCAUAGACAAUGAAGGUCUGAACCGCAAGAAGUCAAAAGUAUGCUGCAUCUACCACCGCCCCAAAGGCGUCGACGAAUCCUCCUCCGAAUCCUCCUCCUCUGACUCUUCCUCCUCUGACUCGGAUUCCGAUGGUGGAAAGGGUGACCUCGACCGACAAGGUAAAUCAGAUGGUGGGAGAAGACGUGUUUACAAUCACAACGACGACAACAAGUGCAACGGACAUCAUCAUCAUCAUCACAGCAGGGGAAGGAAAAAGAACGGGGACGAGGGGGGGAGUAAAAGAAGAAAGAGAAAGCCGAGCCCGAAUGCGUAUGAGAAGAUGCCUGAUUAUGGGAUUAAACCGCCUGGAAAGGGGAAGAAUAAGGACACUUCUGGAGAUGGGGGGCCGAUGAAGGCUUAGUCCGGGGUGUGUAUAUGCCGGUGUUUGGAAGGGGGGUGGGUUGUUCUGUGUAGGAAUAGGGGGGCGUUGGGGGAGUAUGAUACCAUCUAUUUUUUCGAUACCUUGAGGGGAGGUUUACGCAUUGGGUUGGUUGCAUAGAGCAAGCAUGUAGCCAGGCAUCUUCACACACAUGGAAAUCAACCUUGCAUGGUUUUUCCUUUUGUUAGCGAUGUUCCAUUUCUUUCAUUU